ACAGGACAAAAAAACCAUUCUCCAUGGCUCCAUGCUUGGUUUCCCCAACCCCAACAAUGCAAUCUACGUGAGGCAAUCUAGCAAUUCCCGAGACCCAGACUUCUACUAGUUCAUUGCUGAAUCUCAUUGGACGCCCCCGAUUCGCCCAGCGGCAUCGGAGAACAAGUCGCAUGGAAGCCCAUCCGACCGGCGCCGCCAUCCCUUCCCCCAUGGCGGCACCACAGCCGCCACCCUCUUCCACCACCACCCCGCCCCCAACCGCUACACCACAGGAGCCAGCCGCCACCGCCGUCACCGCUGUGCGCUCUCCCCAACCCGUGCGUUUCGCAUUCCUCGUCGUCGCCGCGCUCAUGUCCGCGUCGUGGUUCGUCGAGCCGUUCAGCGCGGCGGCGGCGGCCGACCUCCGCGUGCCGUGGCCCGCUGUCGUGGCCACUCUCGUCUGCUUCACCGCGUUAUUCUGCGCAUCAGUUCUCCUCUUCGGGUCCUUCUUCAUGUUGCGGCCACCGCUCGCCGCCGCCGUCAUGGACGCACAGUGGAAGGGGGUCAGGGCCUUCGCCGCCGUCUUCGCCGCGGUGGCGAUUGGAGUUGCCGCCUGCCUUGUUGGCGCCAGUGGAUCCGCGUAUGGUUCUGGCGGCGGCUACACAUAUAGUGCCUAAAGCAACUAUUCUGUCGUGGCAUUGAUUGAUUCAGAGAAUGGGAGCUCAUGUUACACGGUUACACACUGUAUUUACUGUUUAGCAAAGUAAGAAAGUUCUGCUAAGAGACACAUUUGACACUUUAAUGAUCUACAACAUCAUAUACGUCAUAAGGUAUCCAUCGCCUUUGGUCCAGCAGAGUAUGUUUUUGUAAACAAAUGGCAACCAGAGCUUAGCAUAAUUGACUAGCCUCUACAGAAUUAUGCAUUCAUUGAGGGUGUUGACCAUUCUGUCUGUAUAGCAUCAACUUGUGGUACUCUCAGUUGGAUUUAGACAGCAUUCUAUGGAUUAGGAAUUCAGGAUGACGAGAUGGGGAGGGGAAAGAUGUGGCAGAAGGAAUAUGGAGUAUCGAGAUUACCACUUUGUGUUAUGAAUUAUGAUACUCUGGUGUUUUUCUCAUUGCAUUUAAUAAGUUUUAAUGGCUCACACAAUUUAGCUAUAUAAAGCUCUGUAUACUUUGUUUUUGCAGAAUAGUAUUACUGCAUUUGUCACUUGUAUCAUCAAAAUUGAAAACAAUGCUUUUCCCCCUAUAUUUGGUAUGCAACACAGUGUUCUGAUUAUUUU